GAUCUUCUCGCGUCGAUUGCUUGCCCAGCUCGCUUCCUCUUCGUCUUCCUUCUCCCCCUUCUCUCGCCUCCGGUUAACCGCCACAGCCUGGAUUCGCCUUCUCCCGCGGCGGCGCGGCCGGCCGCUGCUGCUGCGUCGGCGCGUGAGAUGGAUGAUUGCGGCGGCGGCGGCGGCAAGAGGCCGUUCCAGCUGGCGCGGUCGCUGACGUACCACCACCACCCGGGGCACCGGCCGGCGGCUGCGUCCAGGUGGCGGCGGCAGCACCAGCAGCAUCAGCUCGCGGACGAGCCGCGCGCUCCCCGGCCGCAGGCGGUGGUGCUGUACACGACGUCGCUGCGCGGGGUGCGGCGCACGUUCGCGGACUGCGCCGCGGUGCGCGCCAUCCUGCGCGGCUUCCGCGUGGCCGUUGACGAGCGGGACGUGUCCAUGGACGCGGCGCUCCGGCGGGAGGUCCAGGCGCUGCUGGCCGCGCGCGGCCGCGCCUUCGCGCUCCCGCAGCUGCUCAUCGGCGGCCGCCUCGUCGGCGGCGCGGACGAGGUGCGGCAGCUGAACGAGACCGGCCAGCUCCGGCGCCUCCUCGACGGCGCGGCCGGGCAGGACCCGGCCUUCGUCUGCGACGCCUGUGGCGGCGUCCGGUUCGUCCCGUGCGCCGGAUGCGGCGGCGGCCGCAAGGUGUUCGUCGAGGAGGAGGGCCGCGUCGUCCGCUGCGUCGAGUGCAACGAGAACGGGCUGGUACGCUGCCUUAACUGCUGCUCUUGAUCGCCGACGGCGGCGGCGAACAUCGCCGUUCCAUUCGUGCUGCUAAUCCAAGCGGUAGAGGUUGUGGUAGAUAUCAACAAAAGGAAGAAGAAGAAGAAGAAGAGGGGGCUUUCGGUUUCCCGGCGUGGGGUUCGUGUGUGUCCGAUCCGAUCAUUUUGAGGAUCGGAUUUGCUGCUAGUCGGUGGACAAGAACAGAUUGUUCUUGGCUCAUUGCUGCAAAAUUGCCAUAUGGUGAUGGCGAUUGGAGAAUAAGAACUGGGCUUGUUUGUAUAUGCAUCUGAUGUAUCAAAGAUUGAUACUGCUGCUAGUUCAACUAAUGUAAAUACUUAAGUUUGGUGUGA